ACUUACCUCUCCUUGUGUUUGUAAGCGGGUCGGAAGUAAUGCAAUGAAACGCUAACACCUGUAUUUACACUCGUAAACCAGGAGAAAGUCUUCAAUUUCAGCUCCAAGAUGGAGCUUUAUUACUCAGUUCUGUUUGUUUUAUGCAUGAUUGGUUCAGGUGAGUCAGAAAUCUUCAAGGAAAUUUGUAAAACUAACGUCUCAAAGUUUCAGGAAGUGCUGCGUUACAAAUACUGCUUUCCGCCAUUUUGGUUUCUCACCUGUCGCAGUCUAUAUUAAACUGUCUAUUAAAGUGCUGUAGCUUGUCUUUAGAAGCAUCUUUGACUAGGCCUUGCAAAUAAACAUGGCUAGUUUCAACAAAUAUUUAAGAAUUAUAUGUAUUAAUAUAACAAUCAUAAAGUCAUUGUUAACAAUGACCUACUUUUACUUUUAGGCUGAGGCCCUAAUAAAAAUAAUAUAAAAUAUAAAAUAAUAAUAUAAUUUAUUAAAUAAAUUAACUUGUUAAUGUCAAUGUUAAAUUAUUAGGUAUAAUAAAUUAUUUUAAAUUGUACUUGUAGUAGACCUCUCAGCAUUCUUGCUAUCAUCUGAAUCUGAGGUAUCACCAAUUAAUAGUAGCCCUCUUGGUCUUACUUAGCCUAACUUAAAAGUCUCAUGACUCAUAUCAAAUUUAAUAAUAAUAAUAAUAUAGUCACAGUUAUAGUUACUAUAUGAUAUGAUAGUAUAGUCAUAGCAGGAAGUCAACUUCCCAGAACAACACUCUUGGACUUAAUAUAUUUAAUAGCCUGGCAUUGAGCAUGUAAAAAUGUUUUCAUUAAUUAUGUAAGUAAAAACAAGGCUACAUUUUUGUAGCCUUUAGACCUUAGACUUUAGAGUUUUCCCAUCAUGCUGACAUUCAGUCUAGGAACUCUAUUAAUACUGAUAGACCCUAAUUUAUUAAUUAUGACAGGGCCUGCAAAAAAAAUCUGCACCAAAAAUAUUAACAUGUUACUUUAGUUGAUGAGCGAGCCCAAACAGUGUUAUCCUAAACUUAAGUUCAACUAUUAACCUUAACAGUGUUAUCCUAAGCUUAAUUUGAACUAGUAGCCUUAAUAGUGUUAUCUUAAACUUAAUUUGAACUAUUACCCUUAAUAGUGUUAUCCUAAACUUAAUUUGAACUAUUAGCCUUAUAAGUGUUAUCCCAAACUUAAUUUGAACUAUUAGCCUUAAUAGUGUUAUCCUAAACUUAAUUUGAACUAUUAGCCUUAAUAGUGUUAUCCUAAACUUAAUUUGAACUAUUAGCCUUAAUAGUGUUAUCUUAAACUUAAUUUGAACUAUUAGCCUUAAUAGUGUUAUCUUAAACUUAAUUUGAACUAUUAGCCUUAAUAGUGUUAUCUUAAACUUAAUUUGAACUAUUAGCCUUAAUAGUGUUAUCUUAAACUUAAUUUGAACUAUUAGCCUUAAUAGUGUUAUCUUAAACUUAAUUUGAACUAUUAGCCUUAAUAGUGUUAUCUUAAACUUAAUUUGAACUAUUAGCCUUAAUAGUGUUAUCUUAAACUUAAUUUGAACUAUUAGCCUUAAUAGUGUUAUCUUAAACUUAAUUUGAACUAUUAGCCUUAAUAGUGUUAUCCUAAACUUAAUUUGAACUAUUAGCCUUAAUAGUGUUAUCUUAAACUUAAUUUGAACUAUUAGCCUUAAUAGUGUUAUCCUAAACUUAAUUUGAACUAUUAGCCUUAAUAGUGUUAUCUUAAACUUAAUUUGAACUAUUAGCCUUAAUAGUGUUAUCUUAAACUUAAUUUGAACUAUUAGCCUUAAUAGUGUUAUCUUAAACUUAAUGUUGAUCAAUUAGUAUUAGCCUACACAGUGAGCAUCCUAAGUAAUGUAAAUCAAAAUGAUCAAAAGCAUGUACUUGCAGUAGAUGGGGCCUAUACUUAACAACACAUCCUAUCCCUUAUUUGAUGAUGCUAACAGUACACCAUAAUUUAAACACUGGUAAAGCCCAUACGUUCUACAGGCCCGUAUAAUUUAACUACUACAGGCUUCACUGUAGUUUAGGCCCAUUAUAUUCCAAAGCAGUCCUUACUGUUUUAUAGUAUUCCAAAGUAUAGGCCACCAAUUUUAUGAAUCAUUUAUACUGUGGUGGAGCAGACAAAACUAUACAUUUUAUUAGUAGCAAGCCAAUCAAUGUCAUACUAUUUCAGUUUUUUGAAAAUCUCACCUAAAAUUAAGAGUCGCCCAGAGACCUCUGAAUCAAUAUAAAAUUGAAUUCAUUCAGAUGUCAUGGCAACUGGGGCCACCUUGUCUGUUGACUGCCCUUGCAACUACAUCUUAAUAAAUAGUUGCACUGUUUUUUUAUGUCAGCAGUUCACCUUGUAGUCCCUCAUUUGUAAAACUAAAGUCAAGGUUGAGCACUCAUUAGAAAAACAUUUUAAAUUUAUUUAAGCUACCCAAAACCUAUACUUUCUUUUUUCCUUCUUCACAUAGGGCUAGCACUUGUGCCCAUUCUUUUUCUUUUUUUUUUUCCUGUUAUUUAGGUAUAAGUAGGAUAUACAUAUUUUACAUCAAUUUAAUUUAUAAUUUUAUUAAUGUUUUGUAGUACUGAUGACGGCAUUUGCAGAAACAUUUUUAUUUUCAUCAAUUAUAAAUAAAGCUUACCAUAUAUUGUUUUGUUUAAAAAAAAUAUUUGUGUCCUAUCAAUCAGGGUUAGCACUCGAGUGUUAUGUGUGCCAGAACCAACCAGACAACCGGGACAAGUGUGUCAAGACCACUGUCCAGUGUGAGGAGAGCCAAGACACCUGUUUGACACAUAUAGAAUGGAGAGGUGAGAGCUAGUGCCUGUCCACGAAGUGAAACUGCAGUGUUCCCCUUUACCUAUUCACAAUGUUCCGCUUUCUUUUUCAAAAUAUUCCCCUAGCCUGUCCACGGAGUAAAACAGCAAGGUUCCCCACUCAUAUCCUCUGCCUUUACACUGAGGAUCUCUUUUGCCAUUCUCCUGCCUGUCAUUUAUCUUGGAUGACCAGGGUUGAUUUAUAACAAAAAUUAGCUUUUUCAUUUAUUCAACUCCAAAUCAUAAAAUUUCAUUUUGUAUACCUUUAUGCACUAAAUUUGCACCUUUAUGUGUUUUGAUGAGUAUUUCCUGUAAUUAAAUAAAACAUUGCCAAAUUUUUUUCCUUAAAUUUUUUUUUUUUGUUAACCACAUUAACAUUAUUUUGUUAAAGGGAAAUAAGUUUGUUCCAUCUUUUCACUAUUGCCUCUUUAUAAUUAUUUCAAUUUCAUUUUGUCGUUUGCAAUACAUAUUGAUGUAAUAAAUAAGUUUUAAAAAAUUUUGAAAUUGUUAUAGCUCCUGACUUCUGGACACCAAGAAGUGAAAAGAUCCACUACGUCCACAAGCAGUGCCACACGUCCAAGUACUGCUCUGACAUGCAGCGAGAGGUCGGAAUGAAGUGCAUGAGGGAUUGGUACCGCGAUUGGGAAUGUUACGAAUGCUGCCAGGGUGAUCGUUGUAACUUUUAUGUAACGGUAAGUGUCCAUCAGACGCGGAUGCCUGCAUUCCACAAUUCACAAAUAACAUAAUCAUUUAUCGGAAUAUCAUAGGUAAAAACUAGCACUAAAAUAUAGGCUCAUGCCUCAAUAGCAUAUGACUUAAAUUCAUAGAGAUAUAGUUAUGCACACACAUGAGAGCUUUAGACACUUCAUUGUUAAUAUUAAAAAUGUGUCCAUAAUAAUUGUGGAGAAUUGUUACGAAGCCAGGAAUUAAUCAGUCAAUAGCUUCGUUGUCUAGGGGGUAAUUCAAUUACUUAACAAACCAUUGAUUCCUUUAACAAAUGACUCUUUAUUCAAGAAACAACUCCAUUGCUAACACUCCAUUAUUAACCACUCCAUCACUGCUAUUCUCCAUAACAACAACAAACACGUCAUUUCCCCAUACCUAAAUGGUCACGAAAAUCCCAGCACACAGCUACAGCUACCCAAAUACUCUGAGUCAAACAUUCAAUCACAAAACAAGACCAAAUCCUUAACUAGGAUAUUUAUAAAUAAUUAAGUUAUUGAAUUCUCAACAUUCUUUUGGGUGACAAAUCAAGUGAAUUUCUGUUUGCUUCUUAAAGCCCUGUUGACAGGUGCAAAAGAAAAAAAAAACCAAAAGAGUAAAGCUUUAGUCAGACAAUGGGGGAGAAUGCAAAAAUUAAAGGAAAUAAACUCUCUCCACCUCUUAGAUUUAGCUAAAAUGAAGAAUGUCAAAUACGCACACAAAAAAGUCCACAAAAUAUAAAGAAAUAACAAAUGCCAUAGUAUAUAUAUAUGCGUUUGGUGCAAACAAGUAAAUCUUGGUACCUGUUAAGUUUCCCUAAAUGAUUUUUACUACAUAUUACAUAUCACGAAGGAUUGUUACUGCAUGUUACAUUUCCUGAAUGAUUUUUAAUAUUUUAGUUUAACCAUGGAUGAAAGCUAAUGUUAAGAUUUUCCUUUAACAGAACCAACAACAAAAUUUUUUUUUAAAUUUAAAAAAAAAUGUAAUUUAAUCAUAUUUUUGUACACAGAUGUUGAUUUUUAUAUUUUUGAAUAAUCCAGAAGAGUAGUCUUUUGCAAUAGUCUAAACAACAUUUUUAAUACUAAAUUAUUUUAUAUUAUGAAAGAAAAAAAAAGUGGUUGUGAGUGGUUGGGGGGGGGGUAUGGUGUUAAUGUAUCUUGAUGCUUGUAAGAAACUAAGGUAAAAGUCCAUUUUAAUGGGUACAAACUAGUUGAUAGAUCCCAUGCUUAAAAAGUAUGUAUAAGUCUUUUGCAAUAGUCUAAACAACAUUUUUAAUACUAAAUUAUUUUAUAUUAUGAAAGAAAAAAAAAGUGGUUGUGAGUGGUUGGGGGGGGGGGGUAUGGUGUUAAUGUAUCUUGAUGCUUGUAAGAAACUAAGGUAAAAGUCCAUUUUAAUGGGUACAAACUAGUUGAUAGAUCCCAUGCUUAAACAGUAUGUAUACCUGUAUAUUUGUACGUCCACAGCUCGGAUCAUCUGCCGUCUUCCCAAGCAUCAUCAUCUUGAUCACAUCUCUGUUGUUUGUGCGGGCGGCUCAGUUAAGAUAAAUCAUUGGGGUUCGUUUAUUGUUGGUGUGUGUGUGUGUGGGGUGUACGCUGGCUCAUUGAGUACAUGACGCAGUACAAUGUCCUCUUAAAAGCAAAAUUUAUAGGUACCUUGGUUUUAAAAACAAGGAAAAAUGUGUUUGUAUAAUUAAUUACAAGGAAGUUUUGACUUUCAAAUUCAAUUGGAUUUUCUUAUAAAAUAUUUUUUGUUUAGUUAGUUAUUCUUUAUAAUGAAAGGAUUAACUAUAACUAGAAACCUCAAAUUUUAAUUGAAAAGUUAACGCAGCAGGUGGUUAGAUAGAUAAAAUAUUUGUUAGCCAACAUAUUUGUUAACACAACUCCUCAUAGCAGGUGGUAAGAUAGAUAGGAUGAGUGACUGCAACAUAUUUGUCUUUUUUUUUUCUUUCUCACAUUAAAAUCAUCCGGAAUUCAUUUUAUGAAGAAAAAAAAAAGAGAAAAAUCAAUCUCCUUUUCUUGUAAUGUGCCUCUCUUCCUUCUUGAAAGCAUGUAAAUAUUUACCAGACAUUGUUGUACAUAAAGAAAUGUAGCAAAAGAAUCAAUUGCUUUUCCAUGCAUUCCAUUAUGUUUAUUGUACUUGAACUUUUUAUUUACUCCCUUAUUGGUCAUGAGCCUGAUAAGCUCAAAAUGUGUACUAAAAAUAUGUAUGUAGCAUUCCGUGUCAAGACAUGUACAUUACUAAAUUAAAAUAACCUUGGUAUAAACUCUAUGAGAGACAUUCCGUUUAUAUUUUGUACCGGUACAAUAAUUGCUUUUAAAAUUAAGAAAUGAUUUUUAUGAAAGAUUUACAAACUUUUUUUUUUUGUUUUUUGCACCUAUUUUUUAAAGCUGUCGGUAGUGUCAUUCGUAAUUUUUUAAAAUUUAAAUUUUUUCAAAAUUUCUCUUGAAACUUAAUUGGUUCUCAAAUGUUUUGUUCAUAAAAGAUUUUAAAUGUAUUUUUAAACAAAUUCAAAACAACUAAUAAGCAUGCAAGCUUUUGUGGGUUUUUUUUUCCCCUUCAAUAGAAACUUUUGGAGAUUCAGGGCUGGUGGAAAAAAUAUCUCAAGUUAAAAUCAAUUACUGUUGUUUUGUACAACACAUUUAAUUCAUCUUAUUUGACUAUGUUGUUUUCUUUUUAGGUUUAAAAACAUUUUAAGGGGAAUAAAUUUAAUAAAAAAAAGAUCUAAAAAGAUUUUUAUAUUUAAACAUUUAAAAUCUGUUUAGAUUUUUUUUUUUUUCUUUUUGUUAAAAAUUUGUUUAGUUGAAUUAGUUAGUUAUAUAUGGUCUCUUUGUUUGUUACUGUAAUAUAAAUUAAUGGUUUCACACAUUCCAGGAAUCCUUCUUUAAGCUUUGUUCUAAUGGGGUCACUCCAUUUUCUAUUAACGUUAGUUAAAAUGAAUAUAUUGACAGUGUGAUGUUAGCUGUUGGGGUGAUUACUAAAUGCACUAUUUAUAGAUUAGGUUGUGAUAUUGACCAACAUGGAGUCAAAACACAAGCUCAAAAACAAGUAAUGAUAAAAUAAUUUUUAUGUAUCUUUAAAAUAAUAAUAGAAAUAUUCUUAAUGUUUAUCGUUGGCAUAAAAAUCUAAUUUUUGUUAUUUUCAAAUUAAAAUGUCCAGGAUAUUUGUGUGAAAUGAUUCUUAUACAUUUCCAUGAAUUGAUAUUAAUUCAGACAUUUGCAUAAAUUGUAUCUAGACUCAAUAGUGAAAUGUAUUGUGCUUGUAUAAUAGUGUAUGUUCUAGUGAACUAUGGAAUACUAUUGAAAUUCUAAAUAAAAACCAAUUAACGAUAUCACAAGAGCUAUACAUUUAAUAUUUGUGUGUGUUCAGUCCCCCAUUUACUAAGUUACAACUCAAAAUGUUGAACUUAAAUUUACUGAAACCACCACUGUUGUCAUAGCAAGAAAAGAAACAAAAUAUUAAAGACUUAAAAUUGGUCCUGGCCUUUGACCUUAUAAUAUCUUUGCCUUGUCUGUAGUGUCACUGAUGAUGAUGUCCGAGUUUUAAGUUCUAAAGAAAAUUGAACAAACUGUGUUACAAAAAGACAAAAUUGUUGUGUACACAAAAUUUCAGCUCUUUGCUACAACUAUUUACACUCUGAUAUACUGUGCCAUUGUUUACACACUCUGCUAUGCCAUGUGUGUGAAAUUUGGUUAUUGCCAGACUGUGUUUAAAUGAUAAUCUCAGACAGCUAUUGUGUUUAUCCUGAUUUACACGCUCAACAUUAAGUGAAUGGAAAUGUUUUAAUAAUUCUUACCGCUGUUUUCCCAUUAUAAACUAAAACAGUUGUUCAACAUAACAGUCAAGCUUGUGUGUAUGUAGGCAGCAUGUCCAUACGAGCAGCUUCUAUUGCCAUGCAAAAAAAAAACAAUGUAAUGUUUUACAAGUGGCAGCUAUGGUUGUUUUCGGUAAUUAGAUGAGGCAAGUUGUUAUAAUAGGUUUGGUUGUUUCUGUUACAAUAAUUUCUGAUCAAAACAUAACUGCAACAUUUUUUUGAUGAUUUUCCAAUGAGGCAACAUUUUUAGAACCUUCGUUACUUUAAGCAUCAUUCAAGCUAUCAACAUUUAACGUUAUUAUUGUUGCUCUACACUAUCAUUUAAGCUAUCAACAUUUAAAAGUUAAUGUUGUUGCCUUACACUUUCAUUCAAGGCAGAGCCGGCCUUAGGCCACUGCAACCUAUGCGGCUGCAGUGGGCCCCGCACUUUCAUAGGUCCCACUUUCUAAUACAAAAUCUAAAUUUUCACUUAUUAUCCUUAUCCCUACCCAGCCUGGGCCCCGCGCAAUCCGUUACGCAUAGGGCCCCGCAAUUGUUAGGCCCCUGAUUCAAGGUAUCAACAUUUUAGUGUAAAGAAAGAAAAAAAAAUUCUUAGUAUAAAAUGUCUGAGAAAGAAAUACUUUGGAAUAUAAAAUGUUAGUGUUAGUCUCAUACUUCUAUGUUCGUCUUUCUAUGUUAUAAAUUUCUGGUUUAGAAUUUUGUUGCAUCUAAAAGUAAAAUGAUUGGUGAAAGAAUGCAGCAUGAAUGAAAUGUAAGUAGGAGUGGGGGGGGGGGGAGUUUGAUCUUAAAAAGGUUUGAUAUGUUUGUAAAUAUUUGAUGCUCU